GACUGUGGGCCAGACCAUCCCUGGGUAGGAGAUCCUGGACUAUACAAAUAGAUCUGGGUAGUAGCAUGCUUCCACACUCAUUUAAGUUCUGAUUAUCGAUGCGAUGUGAUCAGCUGCUUCAGGCCUUUGUUGUUGUUGUCUUGCUUUCUUACUAUGAGCCAGAACAAACCCAUUUUUCCUUGGCUUGUUUUUGUCACAGCUACAGGAACAGAAACCAAGACCUUGUCCAGUGACCAAGUCUUAUCGUGUGGUAAGUAGUGAUUAAGUACACUAGGGUAGAAGCAUAGUUUUAAACACAAGAAUCCAGUGUCCUUUCGACGAAAUGAUUUUUGAUUCAUUUAAUUGUCAGAAAAUUCCAGUCUCUUGCCAUCUAUUCCAGAAGCUUUCGGUAGAGGGCAGCUGAAGGCUCCCGGUGGAAUGCAGGCGCCAUUGGAGCCUCAGUGGCCACCGCAACGAGCAACCACUGUGCUUCUCCAAAGCAGGAGCUUGAGGAGGGCGGAGCCGGAGGCCCGGGAGGCUAGAGCCAGAGAGCACCGCGUGGGAGGAUUGCGCAGGGCCAGGCGCGAGUGCGGGCGGUGCACGGCGGUGCAGGGAGCGGUGCUGGAGGUUGCAAAGCUGUGCAGAACCCGGGCGGGUGCAUAAGGCAGAGAGGGGCAGGACAGGGCGCAGGACGUUGCACUGGGCGUUGCAUUAGGCGUUGCACUGGAGGUGCAAGGCUCUGGACAUUGCAUUGGGGGUGCAGUGCUCUGGGCGGUGCACGGGGCGGUGCGGGGCGCAGGGCAGCUGACAGCGUCAUCAGGCGGGAGCAGCGCGCGCUCCGCCUCAGCAGCCACCGCAUCGCGCUGCUCGCAGCGGGUCCCGGAGCUGCGCCUGGAGACCUGCGGCUCUGAGCCGGCUCUCCCCAGGUAUCCCCUGGUUAGUAGCUGGAAUUCUAAAGCAACAUGCCGGAACAGAGCAAUGACUAUCGGGUGGCCGUGUUUGGGGCAGGUGGUGUUGGCAAGAGCUCCCUCGUUUUGAGGUUUGUGAAAGGGACCUUCAGGGAGAGCUAUAUCCCAACUGUGGAAGACACCUACCGGCAGGUGAUCAGCUGUGACAAGAGCAUCUGUACGCUGCAGAUCACCGACACUACCGGGAGCCACCAGUUCCCGGCCAUGCAGCGGCUGUCCAUCUCCAAAGGCCACGCCUUCAUCCUGGUCUACUCCAUCACUAGCCGGCAGUCCCUGGAGGAGCUCAAGCCCAUCUAUGAGCAGAUCUGCGAGAUCAAGGGGGAUGUGGAGAGCAUCCCCAUCAUGCUGGUGGGGAACAAGUGCGACGAGAGCCCCAACCGCGAGGUCCAGAGCAGCGAGGCGGAGGCCCUAGCCCGCACAUGGAAGUGCGCCUUCAUGGAGACAUCGGCCAAGCUCAAUCACAACGUCAAGGAACUCUUUCAGGAACUACUCAACCUGGAGAAGCGCAGGACCGUGAGCCUCCAGAUCGACGGCAAGAAGAGCAAGCAGCAGAAGAGAAAGGAGAAGCUCAAGGGCAAGUGCGUGGUCAUGUGAGAGGCCUUCGUGCAGAAGGAGCUACCGCCUUUAGGGCCUCUCUCCUCCUCCCCUCUGUGAACCCCACUGUUGUCAGGGCAGCAUGUCCGAUGCCCGUGUGUUAAACAUUGCAUUUGGCUGCGACACACCCUGCAAUGUCCUUCAGAGGCAUUCCACACACCCCACUAGCCCCACCCCUCAGGAGAUGCAGAAUCUGUGAUGCUCGUAGCAUCCCAGGAAGCCGAGGCCAAUCCUGAGUGUGCUUUAGCCAUUUGAAGAUGAGGGGACUCAGAGCUGUGGACACAGGAGAAACUGAGAGUACUGUGUGCGUGACAGCAGGUUAGCCCAUAGCUACUGGUACCAUCCCAUGUCAGGCAACUUAGUUCAGAAGCCACUAACAUCUUUGUGGGGGGAGCAGGCAGUCAUAGGAGUGGAGAAACCAGUGGGUCCAUUAUGGACCUGUGGACCCCAGUGGUUCCCUUGAGUGGAUUUUUAGUGGGGCUGAAGAUAAAAUACCAUAACCCCUAAGUGAUGCUCAUGCUAUUCUUACUGACACACACUGAGGGCUUGCCCCCUCUUCCUCAAAACCUUCUUAGAAAGUACCAUAUCAGCCUGUUAGGAGUAUACACUUCACAUGUAAUGCCAAGGCCACUUUGUGGCAUGAUGCUGUGUCAGUACUUCUUCAGUUUUUGAGUCAGGACAUUGUGACAUCAUAUAAACAUCGCAAUAAUGCCCCGCCCCCGUGUGUGUGUGUGUGUGUGUGUGUGUGUGUGUGUGUGUGUGUGUUAUACUUUGAGGGUUCUGGAACUGUGAACUUUCUUUCUUUUGACCUUUGAGGGUUGCCACUUCUUCCAGCCCUCUGAUUUUUAACUAAAAGGAAAUAAAGUAGGCAUUUUUUUUAGACUCCCUCUUCCCCUCCCCCAAGAUGGUUUUCUUGUCUUAAAUAACUCCAUGCGUACCCAGCUGGGAACCAGCCAACCAAGAGUGUCUAAUAACCAAAAGCACAUCCAUUUUUCUAAACAGCACGAGCAUGUAGAUGCUGCACGUGGCACCUUAAUGAAAUACUUUGAAACAGACGUCGUUCACUGUGUUUUUAACGAUUUAUCUACAUCAGAAGUAGAUUGCUAGAAAAUACAUCUAAUUGAUAGCAAAUCUUCUCCUCAUUCCUUGCUAAAUGUUUUUAAGAGUUCCUCAGUGCAGCGAGCACCCCAGAAGCAAUCAUCUCCUAAGGAAGCUAAGGGUCCCCCCCCCCCCCCCCGUAUUCUUCAGAAGGAACCAUAGCCACUGCUUGAGGGAUUAUCAGGCCACGGUGGCUGCAGAUAGGUUGAGCUAGUCUCUCUUUCCUGGGCACAGUGCCCACGGUUUAGUGUAAUUUGCCUGCCAUCCUGGAGCCUGGCUAGGUUUUGAUUCUUAGAAAUUCUUACUUCUAAGGAGAAGGCUCUCCUGUUUCACGUAGUAGGCUAAACCCACACUGGUCUUGGGUGCCAGCUCAACUAUUCUCUAAGCCAUCUUCCCAGUGACCAGUCAGAAGGUAGGGGAGGCUGUAGCACUGUGUGAACCUAUACAGUGCUCUCAUGGCCAGUGGGCAGAGGUCCCAAUGCUGGGGUGUUUUGGUAGGUCUCUUGCUCCACCAAUGCCUCCGAAGCACACUGUGUUCAAACACACUCGCUUCUUUCAGACCUCUAUAGUUCAGUCCCCUUGUCUGGUCUGGCCCUCUUUACUUUGUCAGUCAUAGCUCACCCUGGUGAUGUGCUGAGGGCCAAGGAGGUCCCUCAGAAAACCGUAUGCUUCGGUGACCUUACCAUCUCCUUAGACUUCUAGAACAAAACCCUUGGGGUUACCUGGGCAAGCAGCCACAUUGAGAAAUUAGGAAGCCUGGGAACCAAGCAAGAGCCUGGAGCACUUGUGUCCCCUCCAGACCCACUCCAAGCCUCCUCCAUCAUCCCCAUUUGUUCCCAGUGGCCAUUCCCUUUCACAGUGAGAUGGAGUUGUGGAAUUUUCUAGAAUGUUCUUAGUUUGUUGUUCCAUUUCUCCUCUUAGAGAAAACAUAUUGCCUUGUCAUUUAGAUUUGGGAACAGUGAAGGAAAGACCAUGGCUCUGUGGAUGAUGUGAUACAUACAUUAUAUACACAUCCUAUAGGAUAGAUACAUUUGUGGUGAUCCCUGUCUGCCCUACUGACUGUAACUAUGCUUCAGACAUGAGCAGUGCUCUGUGUGUCCCUGUUCCCAGUGACUGCACAUCAGGGUUCUUUCAGCCCUGUAAGUCAGUUUCCAUAUUCCUAAGUGUUUCAGUCUUUCUUGACAUAGGAUCUUGCAGUAAUUCCAUUCACAGCCCUUGUUCCUCUCUGUGCUGCCUGUAAGUUUAUACAGUGGGAGGGAGGUGGGUGAAGCCUCCUUUCUUGAGUUUCAUCCUGACACUACGUUCUAUAGAUUGAGCUGAGCACUGGGUAGCUAUCUUAACAUCUCCUGCCUUUGGCAAACUUCCCUCUGACUCAGGGGCUGAGGACACAGUACUACUGGGCCAGUGACUUUCAGCUUUGCUUUGGUCCCAUCCCAAGUCAUGAGGCUGAGAUUGUUGGAAACAUUCUACAUUGCACAUGGGACUGGAAACUUCUGACCCAGCCCCAGCUCGUUAUAAAACUUGAAAUAUUGCUUUGAAGAUGGCACUCUGGGGUUAAGCACGGGACUCCAUGAGUUCCCUAAUCCCCAUUGGUCCCCUCUCCAUUCAGUGACAAGCCAUGGGCACGCAUCUGAUGCAUCAAGUCCAACACAAGAGCAAUAUCCAAUUGUCCACUAGAUCUAAAAGUAUAUAUAUAUAUAUAUAUUAUGUAAUUUAGUUUCCUGCACUUUUGAAGUAUAAAGUAGUAAAUUGUACAUAUCUAUCUCUAUAUAUCAAUGCGCUAGUAUAUUGGUUUCACUAUUUGUAACAUUCUUUGUAGAAGAAAAUGUACUAAAUAUUUUAAAAUUGCGCUGUGAGAUUCCUCCCUACUCCAAGUUUGUAGCCUAUUGCUCCUUCACAAGCAGUCUGGAAAUACCCAAAGCCAAAGGGGCACAUGGAAUUCCCACAGAACACCUCCUGGGAUUCGGCAGCCCACAAAGACCUUGUGUCAAAAUAUCUGCAGAGUGAUCAUUGGCAUGUGAGAUGCCGGCACAUGCUUCCACUUCAGGCCCUUGCUGUUCCAGUUCCCUUUUGGGGUGUGUCUGACAUAUUCUACAGUUACGACGAUCACCUUGUAUAAGGUUCUAGUGACAGCAAUGGCCCCAAUCCAUGAAACCAGUACAAUAAAGCUGUUAUGGCACCCUG